AUGAAAUCGUAUAGACGAUUAACAACUAAUCAACUUGAACGACGUCCGCCAAUAUGGUCUAUUUCGGACAAUCUAACGGAUUCUGAUACUGUUCAUUGGAGUGGAUCACCUCUUGCCUUCCAUGGUUUAAUUGAUAUAGACUAUUCCCAAGUAUAUCGUUUUCUUGGUACUCAACCAUCAAAUAUUCCAUCUUUAAUACAAAAAAGUGUUGUUGUACAGCCAUGGCGUACAAUUUAUACAUUUUCAACGCCAACAAAUACAGUUGAACUUGUUUUAUCAUUUAGUCAGCCAACAUCAAUUGAAGAUCCUUAUACUUAUAUAACAUUUGAUGUUCGUACAUUAGAUCAAAAGAACCAUGACGUUAGAAUUUAUUUUGAAGAAGGAUCUAUGCUAAGUAUCAAUGAUAAAAAUGAAAAAAUUUAUUGGAGUCGAACCGAUGGAGAUAUAACUGUAUUAACGAUGAAUAGUUAUAAUCAAGUUCCAUUUGGUAUACAUGGUGAUGAAACACGAAAUAAUUGGGGUUAUGCUCAUUUAAUAAGUGCAAAUAAAACCACAACAAUUGGUUAUCAAGGCUUUGGUGACAAUCUUCGUCAAGCGUUUGUUAAGCGUCAAAUAAUGCCGAGUGAUGACACACGAAAACCACGUUCUGUUGAUGAUCAAUCGCCGUCAUCAGUAUUUGUAAUUAAUUUAGAUCGAGUGUCAUCAGUAUCAUCAUAUCUAAUAUUUCUUUAUGAUGAUCUUUAUUCUAUGUUGUAUUUUGAAGAUUGGCAAAUACCAUGUUGGCGUGCUGAACUUGAUAAUAAUGUGACAUUACUUGUGAACGAAGCCGUUGAAUAUUAUAAUUCAAAUAUGGCUGAUAUUACAGAUUCAAACUUAUUAUUAACAACAUUAUUAACUAAUACCGGUGGUGCACAAUAUUCAUUAUUUGGAUCACUUGUAACACGACAAAUAACUGGUGCAGUAACACGUACGUGGUCGAAUAAACAGAACCGUCCACGCUUAUUUAUGAAAGAAAUAUCAUCCGGUGGUGCUGUUAGUACAGUAGAUGUCAUUUUUCCCUCAUCACCAUUUUUUCUUUGGUUACAUCCAGAAAUGUUACGCGAUGUUCUUAUACCUGUACUUGCUUAUGCUAAUAAUGAAACAAGUAUUAAUUAUAAUUUAGUAUGGGCACCUCAUCAUUUAGGAAAAUGGCCCGUCUGUGAUGUUCUACCCGAUGAACAAGAACAAAUGCCCAUAGAAGAAUCAGCAAAUAUGUUAUUAAUGCUAGCUAGUAUUGUACAAAGACUUCUAAAAACUGAUUUUCUUCAACAUUAUUGGAAUGUUAUGGAAAUUUGGGCGCAAUAUCUUAAUAAUACAUUACCAGAUCCAGGAAAUCAACUUUGUACAGAUGAUUUCGAAGGACCGUCACCACACAAUUGUAAUUUAGCAUUGAAAGGUAUUUUAGGUCUAGGUGCUUAUGCAAUUCUUUUGAAUUCUACUGGCGAAACGCAACGUGCUACAAUAUAUAUGAAUCAGGCACAAGCAUAUGCAAACUAUUGGUUACAAGCCGCACGAGAUGAUGAAAACUAUCGUCUUCAAUAUGAUUUACCAAACACUUGGUCACAAAAAUAUAAUCUUAUUUAUCAAUCAAUAUUAUCAUUAAAUUUAUUUCCAUCUGAUGUUGCUAAACUUGAAUCAAAUUAUUAUGCAACAAAAAUGCUUGAUUAUGGUAUUCCACUUGAUUCUCGUUCAAAAUUAACUAAAAUUGAUUGGACAUCAUGGAUAGCUGCAUUUAGUGAUACUAAAGAAGAUGAUGAGAUUUUUAGAAAAAUUUAUAAAUUUGCUAAUGAAUCACCAGAUCGCGUACCAUUUAGUGAUUUCUAUAAUGCAUCUGAUGGUCAUGUAUUAGGUUUUUGUGCACGACCAGUUAUGGGUGGAUUAUUUAUUCGAGCAUUACUAGAAAGUCCACUUAUAGAAAAUAUUUAUGUUCAACCAACAAAACCUUCACAACGUCAUGGACGAAUCAAUAGAUGUAGUACAUAA